AUGGCGACGCCAGGGGAUAUCCCCACUCCCACGGCCGAGAGCACGAGGGACAGCUACAACGGCGGUGGUAUCACUGCUGCUGCUGUUGACGUGGAUGUUGCUGCCGGCGAGUCGCGACGGCACGAUGAGGAGGAGGAGGAGGUGGAGAGUGUGCUGUCUCUGUGGUUUGACGGUAGCACGGCGGACAACCAUCGCACCAAGUGGUUUGCACAGGGAGACGCGCUUCCCCGAAUGGACGAAACCAUCAGGAAGGGCUUCGGGAUCCUGGUGCUCCGGGCGGAGGCGGGGCAGCUGACGGACUCUUGGAGCGAACGACCCCGCUCGAUGGUGGCGCUCAUUCUUCUCUUGGAUCAGUUCUCCAGGCACCUGUUCCGUGGAGCUCCCGACAGGGACGAGCGAGUGGAACGAUGCGACCGGCUGGCCUUGCCCCUAACCGAGGCCUUGCUGGACAGGGGGUGGCAGCACGGCCUCACAGCGGAGCAGCACGUGUUCGCUCUCAUGCCGCUAAGGCACACCCCAAGUGAGGAGCGCCUGCUGCGAGUGAUGCAGGAGGCUGAAGAGAGGGAAACACGCCUGCGGCAGUCACAGGAGCUCCUCCAGCGGUUCAAGAAGGCAACCAAAAGGCGGCUCCAAGGCAUCCAGGACAGGGCCGAAGAAGGGGCAGAGAUCUUGGAGCACUUCGAGUUCGACCCUCCGGACCCUUCCCAGAUGGACAAGCACGAGCUCGUCAAGGUUUUACGUGGCUUUCUAGACACGAAAGGCGCCGUGGCGACGGCGGCGGGGCCUCCGGCCUUGGGAACUCCCGCCGGUGCCCGGAGAAAAGGUGGCGGCACCGACGCCAGCGCUAGCGGCGGGCGGCACAGCGGUGGUGCCAUCA